AUGUCGAAGCUUUCGUUUCGGGCAAGGGCGCUCGAUCCCUCGAAACCCAUGCCGAUCUAUCUGGCGGAGGAGCUGCCGGAUCUGCCCGAGUACUCCGCGAUCAACCGUGCAGUCCCGCAGAUGCCGAGCGGCAUGGAGAAGGAAGAAGAAUCGGAGCAUCAUCUUCAGCGGGCAAUAUGCACCGGACUCAUCAUUCCCACCCCGGAAGUGUACGACUCGACAGAUUCCGAGUUCUACGACAAAUACUACCCGCCCGACUACAAACUGCCCAAGCAGCUGAUCCACAUGCAGCCACUCAACCUCGAGCAGGACAUACCGGAUUACGAUAUGGACAGUGCGGACGAGGUAUGGGUUACGUCACAUGAGAAGAAGCUCGAUCUAGAUCCGCUGAAGUUUGAAAUCAUGAUGGAUCGGUUGGAGAAAAGUUCCGGCCAGACGGUGGUCACACUACAAGAUGCCAAAGCCCUAUUGAAGCAGGACGAUGAAGUGAGCAUAGCUGUGUACGAUUACUGGCUAAACAAGCGGUUAAAAAUGCAACAUCCCCUGAUACUGUAUGUGAAGACGGAAAAUCGAGGCAACAUGACACCGAACAAUCCCUACCUUGCAUUCCGGCGGCGAACGGAAAAGAUGCAAACGAGGAAAAAUCGCAAGAACGAUGAGUCGUCGUAUGAGAAGAUGCUGAAGCUAAGGCGGGAUCUGUCGCGCGCAGUGACGCUGCUGGAUAUGAUCAAGCGGCGGGAAAAGCUAAAACGGGAGCAGUUGCACCUGAGCAUCGAAAUCUACGAGAAGCGUUACCAAGCGCAGGAUUUCCAUGGUCAUCUCCUGUCCGAGUUUACGUCCAAUGCGACCCGUGUCACGAGACCUGCAUUUGCACCCAUCUACACCAACCAGUACGCACCGUUGGCUGGUGGGCAGGGUGUCAAUGCGGUGGGUAAUGCUGGUGCCGGUUCGUAUCUGAACAGUGGAGGCUCCUCGUCCCAGUACGAAGGUCACGGUACGGGUGGUAGCAGUGGCACCAACAAACGUGAUAAUGAGAGUCUCAGCAGUCGGAAGGAGAAGCGGCAGUAUAAGAAGCGGAAGCUAAAAAUGCAGAAAGACCGUGGGUUAUCGAGCGGUGGUAGCGGUGGCGUCGGAACGGCAGGUGGUCGGGGAGAUGUGGCAGGUGGCACGAAUAGUGCAGGUGGUUCCGCGUUGCAUCAUCAUCACCAUCCACAGCAGCACUACCACGGAACGAUGCUAGGUGGCAUUGGUGGACGUGGUGUAGAUGGCACUGUAGUUGGCGGACAUGGAACAGACCAUCAUCAUCAUCAUCUGCACGGGUCGGGUGAUCAUGUAGUUUCGUCCGAUGAUGAGGAACUUUCUAAUCUGCAAGGUUCCUCGGCAGAAGAAGAGUACGCUUAUGCAUUCCGAAGAAGUAAACACAGCCAGUAUCACAGGCCCCGCGCGGAUGGUUACGGUAAUUGGCCGUGGACGUCCCGGGAGGAAAACGGUUCGGCAGAUCCACGAUAUCGGUUUACCCUUACUUCUUUACGAUAUCCAAGACCUCGAUGUAUAGGUUUUGCGCGACGGCGUUUGGGUCGCGGUGGGCGUGUCAUUAUUGACCGAAUAGCGACCGAUUUCGAUGAUUUGUGGUCACGGUUAGACUACACGAUCGUCGAGAGUGAAACGAUCGCAUCACUGAACACUACCGAGCCAACAAAGUCCCGGGACGAACAGAAAACGGACGAGAACAAUGAACCGAUCGUGAUCCCAACGCGUAGACGGCAAAUCGAACGUACGGUUAGCGUUAGCAGCAACUGCAGCAAUACCAGCAGUACUGCUGGUGUGGUUGUGUCGUUGAAACCUCCUCGAUUACCUGCGAUCUUCAACCAUCAACAUCAGAACCUGCCAUUAGUCAAUGGUUCCAAUGAGUUGUCCUCGGCUGCGAACGGUACAAACACCGUAACACGAAGGAAACUGAUUCUGAAGCAGGAGCAAGCUCCCGUGCUGAGUGACUACGAAUCGGAUGGUGGUGAGAUUCAAUUUUUGGCCAGCAUUGGGCUGAUGAAUAAGGCUGAAAAGGAAGCGGAGGCCACAUUUGCCAAUACCAAGCGUCGGCUUCGGUUUGACAGUGAGGAAAAGGAUGAAAAUCGUCCAGGGACGGCGUUGGAUGGGGAUAGUAGUGAAGUGUCCAAGGAUGGUGGUGUGUUGGGCGAUGAAAGGACAUUGCGAAAUGUUCAAAACUCAGAUUUAAUUGUGAUAAAAAGUGAAGACAGCACUGAGCUGGUGGUGUCGACGGGUAGGGACGGUUCUGCAGUCGUAAAGCAAGAACCGGAAUCGUUGGAGGAUUACCAAAAGGUGGGCGGUGGUAGUACCGGUGGAGUUCCCAUGGGAGAGGAUUUCGAGCAGUUGAUAGACAAUGUAAAUAGUCACAAUCACGUACGGAAUCGUUUUAACGUUACAACGGAGGGCGUCGGAAGCAGCAAUAGUAUUAAUUCUUCGUCGAACUAUGGAGCGAUCGGGUUGUCGGAUGAACUGCAGAACCCGCAGCACACCCAAACCCACCAACAAAUGCUCGGUUCGUCCAGAAAGCGUCAGGGGCCGGAAGACUCUCCUUCGCGAUUACACGAUGCAACUCGGGAAGAUAUCAAUGCGGUGUAUAAGGAUCUACUGAACGAUAUUCAAUCGAACUGGUUACACUUUCGCCCGAAAACUCCGGAACCUAGCCAGGAUGAUCUGCUAACGCUAGAUGGCGAUCUGGAGCACUGUUUCGGUUUGACCGAUCGGAAGCGUAUCACACUGGAACUGCAGGCCCUUGACGAACAGCUGCCAGCGACGUUAUUCGCUCCGAGCAAAGGAACGACGGUAUCUUCACAGUUCCGUACCACACCAUACGAUCUGGACAACCUUAUCGAACCGCAUCCUUUGUCGCUCGAGGAGGGAGAUAGCUCUGUAAGUGCGAUGGCAAAAGGAGCCACGAUCACCGCAUCAUCAUCAUCAUCAUCGGCCGUUGAAGUUAAGCUGGAGACGUCGGGUUCGUCAAGUGCGGAUAAUAAUCUUAGCGUACCGUCAGAGUUGAAUCUAAGCUUGAACGAAUCGAGCGAGGAUAACGAAAAGAUGCUGGACAAUAUUCUGCAAGAGUGUGCGAUAGACGACCCGAAACAGUUGCACCAAACGAGCAACUUCUGGAACGGUAUCCUGGACGAUGGUGUGCUGAAUAAUCUCGAGGCUGGCGGUAGCGAGAGAAGCACGCAGGAAGAUGAUCCGAUGGUGGAGGAACAGGAGUCGGGCGAUUCGAACCUGUUCGUUUCCAGCUCCGCUAAGAUUGGAUACCAUUCGGAGUUGGUCGGGUAUGGGCGACCCUCGGGAGCCGCCGAUCGCCGCACGAGCAAGAGCAAACGACGAAAGAUGCUGAAACGUUGCAGCUAUUUGGUGGGCAGUAGCUACUUCGCGGUGAAAAGUUUACCCAAAGAAGAAAUAUUUCAGCCAUUACUGGAUGCAAAUGGUCAACCGAUAUUUCUUAGCGAUAGCGAUGCGGAUGCUACGAUUGAUGGUGUAAUGGAGCAAAAUGAACUUCGCGAUGUUGAGGACACGAUGCAAAGCGACUUACAGUCCACUGCCGUUGGCGUGGAGGCGAUGGAGAUUAAAAUGGAAGAAGAAACCUCGCUGGCACCAGCGAACGACCUUCCGGAGGGUAUUUCAACCGUCCCGGUGGCUGUAGCGUCAGGCGAUCACGUGAUCAAGAUUGAACCGCCGGACGAACUGGUACCUCCAGCUGAUGGAGGAGGUGGUUGUGAUGCGACAUUACUGGGCAGCACUCCAACCACGGUUCAAUUUCUACCUCACAACAGUACCAUGGCUGCACCGGCCGCUACUACCAUCAAGCUGGAACCGUUCAAUCACAUCAGCCAAAUAACGGCGCGAAGUUCGACUCCGGACGGGGCACGCGUUGUACCGACCGGUUCUGCGACACUGAUCCCGGCAACGAUCGUUGUAUCGCAACCAUCGUCGACGGGCAGUUCGUCGAUGUUUUCGGCCACUUCCGGGACGGUUCCGGCCGUUGUAUCCGUUGCACUUCAGCAGGGUAGUUUACACCAGCUGGUGCACACUUCGUCCGCUCCAUCGAUGGGUGCCGGUACGACAAUGUUGGUGAUGCAAUCCAUUCCAGCGAACAACGGCGGUUCGUUACAAUCGUCGCCGUCCGUGUCGUCGGUCCCAGGUACACCGACAUCAUUCCUACUGACCACUUCCACCGGUAACGCAAUCAGUGGCAGUAACGCCAUGGGAACAGCGUCGUCGAUCGCCGGUUCGAUCCUAGUGCAAUCGUCCGCAUCGUCUUCACUUUCCAACGUUGGCCAAUCGUCUUCGGCGUCAACCGCCUCGUUACUGGCUGGUUCUACACCGAUCGUCGUUACGGUGCCACCGGCCAGCAGUAGCGGUAUGUCAGUCACACAGCCGAUGAAUGUGGUAAUGCCAACCAGCGGUACCAACACGGUCGUAUCGAUUGCAUCUCCGAUCGUUGUAUCUUCGUCCUCGGCAGCAACACUGGCCCAAUCGAUCGUGCAUGCACAGUCACAGUCGUCUCAGUCAUCGGUUAUCGCUAAUAAUGCAGCCGCCGGCAGUAAUAGUUCCACCUCCAGCGUAAACACAGCAACGACUGCCCUGAACAGUUACAUUGUGCAACACAACUCGACACCGAUCAUGCUUUCGCAUCAGCAAAUGCAACAGCUAGCGAACAGUGGUGGUGGUAAUAUCGUAACCGUCGGUGGGCAACAGGUUGUCACGACGAAGCAGCACCACGGCGAAACGUAUGUGCUCACACAGACGCCGCUGAAGAAGCAAAUCAAUGGACCGUCCGAUGGUAACAAAAAUGCCACCACUUCUGCUGUCAAUGCGCAAAAUAUCAACAACCAGAAGUUCCACGCACUGUUGAGCCAAAAGUUGGGCAGCAAAUCUACCGAUCUGAACAAAAAGCAGCUGGAAAUGUUACGCAAAGCGUUUGGUUCCACACAGAAGAUGAUCGUUAAAUCGACCAACCAUACGCAGCAAUUGCAUGGUGGUACCGCUAGCGGUAGCGCUGGCAUAGCCGGACAUCAUCAGCAAUCCGCAGCUCAGCAACAGCAGCAGCAACAGUACAACGUUAUUCACCAAAAUUCGUUGAACACUCCGAUCACGAUCGUUUCCGCUCAAAGCCCUGGCCAGCCGACGCAGAACAAAAUCAUCCUAACCUCUUCGCCACACCUGCUGCAACAAGCAACUGCAGUCGGUGGCGCCACAGCAGGACAACUGAUAGCUGCGGGCCAUGGUAAGAUUCAGCUUACCACGGUCCAGCAAAGUCAACAACAGCAACAAGCAGGUCAGGUGACUACCGGUACGACCCGGGGACAGAUUGUGACGCUGGAUCCAACGGGCCAGCAAGGGGCGGGAACAGUGGCCGGUGUGCAGCAGCAACUAAAGCUCGAGAAGAACAGCAUACUGUACAACAUCAAGAACAGUCGCGGUCAGUUUCUUCACCUCAACCCAAAGGUGGUCAACAUUAUUCAACCGGUGCAGCAGCAAAAGAUCGUAAACAGCUUGACGAUUCAGCAGCAGCAACAACAGCAACAGCAGCAACUUUUACACAAUCAGGCCGGUCAUGGUGGGACGACUACAACCAUUCUGAGCAAAGGCCAAACGGUUCAACGAAUACCGACGGUUAGCAUUCGCACUCAGCAACAGGCACAACAGCAGCAGCAACAGCAGCAACAACAGCAGCAGACAAACCUCGUCGAUAUGGUCGUGGUGAACAAUGCAAGUAAUAUAAAGUUUAUUCAAGCCGCAGCUUCGGCAGCGGCCGCUGCUGCUGCUGCAGGUGGUGGUGGCAGCGUGGUAAACAACACCACCGGAGGAACGUUGGCAUCGAGUCGCGUAAAUUCCGUCACAACAUCGUCGGUCGGUGGCACCGCGCUGAAUGCUUCUUCGGACGGUGGCACUAGCAACAGCGGUGGCACCAAUUGCGUACAGGUGGUCGCCACAUCAUCCGCAAAUGUGAACAGCGUCGGCGCGGGAGCGCUAACGAACAGCAGCAACUCGGGCGUAGUCGCUUCGGUUGCAUCUCCGGUGGCGACGGUAACCGCUGGAACGGUGGUCGGUGGUAGCACAACGGUCGUUGGUAAUGCUGGUAUUGCGGCCAACAGUAGUAAUGGUGGUGGCGUAACCGGUAACGCCAGCGGUAACACUAAUCCUUCAGCCAGUAUAAACAUUACCAAUAGGUGA